AUGGACAUCUCUACGCUACUUGACUACGACCUUGCCUUCACGGACGCCCUCCACGCCUCGUUCUCGCUCCUCAUUCUCAUCGCUCUUUCCCUCACCUCGGUCGCAUUCUCCCUGAGGGGCCUCGCAGGCCCGGCUGGCGUGCCCGCAAUCGACCAGAGAGCUUCGGGGCUACGUCUACCCGCCUACAUCGCUCGCAACCUUGGUCCCUACUCGCCCUAUUAUCGCUCGGGGAGAUACCAGCUUGUACCUCCUGGCUGCGUGAUUGAUCAGGUCAACGUUCUGCAGCGACACGGCGCGCGCUUCCCAACCACCAAUGCAGGGAAAAGAAUUGCUGCUUCCGUCGCCAAGCUGCAAGAUGCGACGUCACUCUCCUCAAGCUUGACCUUUCUGCGCUCGUACAGAUAUCGGCUCGGAGCGGACGACCUCAUCGCCCUCGGCGCACAAGAGUCGUACGGCGCGGGUAGAGAGGCGUACGAACGCUACAGCACCCUGGCGAGCGAGGCAACCAUUCCCGUCUUCGUGCGAAGCGAUAGUUCGCCGCGAGUAAUCGCCUCUGCGACAAACUGGUUAUCUGGCUUUUAUUCUCAGUUCGGCGGACAAGGUGCACCGACACCGCUCGUAAUCAGCAACGCUGCUGGCAGCCACAACACCCUCGAUGACAAGGCCUGCCCGCUCGCUCCCGACCUCUCCUCCCACCAAACCACCUGGCUCGCAACUUUCGCCGCAAACGCAGUCGCUCGACUGAACGCCCAAGCGCCGGGGGCAAACCUUGAGACGAACGAUGUGCUUAAUCUGAUGCAGCUGUGCGGGUUCGAGACGGUGUAUUCGGGGAAGAUGUCACCGUUCUGCGGGUUGUUCAUGAAGGAGGAGUUCGAGGCGUUCGAGUACUACUACGACCUCGACAAGUACUACGGGAACGGCUACGGGAACCCGCUUGGAGCGGUCCAAGGCGUUGGAUACGUCAACGAGCUCCUCUCCCGACUUACCGGCAACCUCCGCUACUCCCUCUCCGACCGCACGCAAACGAACCAAACCCUGAACCGCAACUCGUCGACGUUCCCUCUCUCAGGCGUCGGCGUCUACGCCGACUUUUCGCACAAUAACCAGAUUGUGUCGAUACUUGCUGCGAUGGGGCUGCAGAAUGGAACGAGGCUGGGGGAGAGUGAGCCGCCGAAGAACAAGAGGAGAUGGUUUACGUCGCGGGUUGUGCCGUUUGCGGGAAGGCUCGUCACGGAGCGACUGAAGUGCGCCUCCGGCACAUUCGUUCGCUUGUUUAUCGACGACCAACUCCAGAUCCCGACCUUCUGCCCCGGUCACGACCCCUUGACCGGCCUCUGCCCUCUCUCUUCAUUCGUAUCGUCUCAGGCGUACGCGAGGAACAAUGGGGACGGCGACUGGGAGAAGUGUUCCGCACGACCUUCAGCUGCUCAUGGAACAUAG